UAAGUAUGUAGUUAUAUAUAUUAUUUUGUUUGUCAAAAACUAUCUGCCAUCUUCUCUUGUUUAAUUACCUACCUAUUUUAACGUGAUUUUCGUUGAUUGUUAACUGUGUUGAUACCUACUAUAGGUAGGUAAUUGAAAAUUUAUUAUGGCCUCCAAAUUAGAAAUUUCAAGCGUGGACGAACUAGUGUCCGAAGCUUUGUCGAAAGACCAUCUAAAGGAAUACAACAGAAUCCAGUAUGGACGAACAGAACAUCACGAGUUCGGUGUAAAGGAAAGUAGUCUCGGCCUAGCAAAAGACGGCAACUUUGAAAUACGAGCCUACGACUUCCCUGCUGCAAAGGAAGAAACCAGGCACGCCCGCGUGGUGAGAGUUGGUAUAAUACAGCAUUCAGUCGAGUCACCAACUAAUCUACCUAUACCUAAGCAGAGACAGGCAAUUUUUGAUAAAAUUCGCAAAGUUCUCGAUGCAGCAGGAACAGAGGAAGUCAACAUUAUUUGUCUGCAAGAGGCAUGGAGCAUGCCUUUUGCCUUCUGCACAAGGGAAAAGCAACCAUGGUGUGAAUUUGCUGAAUCGGCUCUGGAUGGACCAAGCAUCCAGUUUCUAAAGGAAUUUGCCCUUAAAUAUGGCAUGGUUAUUGUAGCACCUAUUUUAGAAAGAGAUGAUGUUCAUGGAGACACAAUUUGGAACACUGCUGUUAUUAUCAAUGAAUCUGGAAAGGUUCUUGGAAAACAUAGGAAGAAUCAUAUUCCUCGUGUAGGAGAUUUUAAUGAAUCCACAUACUAUUUUGAAGGUAAUACAGGGCACCCUGUAUUUGAAACAAAGUUUGGGAAGAUAGCUGUAAAUAUAUGCUAUGGUCGCCAUCAUCCUUUGAACUGGUUGAUGUUUGGUGUUAAUGGAGCAGAAAUUGUAUUCAACCCAUCUGCUACUGUUGCUGGUUUGAGUGAGCAUUUAUGGGCAAUUGAAGCUCGUAAUGCAGCAAUUGCAAAUAGUUAUUUUACAUGUGCCAUUAAUAGAGUGGGAACAGAAAAAUUCCCUAAUGAAUUUACUUCUGGAGAUGGGAAACCAGCACACAAAGAAUUUGGACACUUUUAUGGCUCCAGCUAUGUUACUGCCCCAGAUGGCACAAGAACACCAGGACUUUCAAGGGUCAAGGACGGAUUGCUGAUUGCCCAAAUGGAUCUGAAUUUAUGUCGUCAGAUUAAAGAUAAAUGGGGAUUCACAAUGACCCAACGCUUGGAGCUUUAUGCUGAAAGUCUCAAUAAGGCUAUCAAACAUGAUUAUGAACCACAAAUUGUCAAGAACAAUUAACUGGACAAGACAAAUUAACCCUCUGUAUCAUUAUGAAAAAAUAUUUUGUACUAUCAAAGAGAGAUUUUUUUUAUAUUUACAAUUGUUUCUAAAAAUAUAAAUUGUUUUAUUAUUUAUGUAUUGAUCAUAUUUGUUUUAAUAAAAUGUUGAUAAUUAUAUCUAAUUUAAUUUGGUUACUUAUGUAACCUUGGGAAAUUGGUAAUGGUUAGUUUAAUAAAACAAGUUUUUAUAAAA